AUGCGCCUCCACCGACUCGCGUUGGGUGCGAGCAUCGCUGCGCUCGCGCGCGCGCUCGAGACCUCGGUCGCGCUCACGAGCUCGGCCGUGUCUACCGCGAGCGUGGCGCAACCAUCCUCUGACUCUGGCGCGUUCGUUGCGGACGCGGCGAGCCGCGUCAACUUGUUCGUGGGGACGACGAAUGGCGGACACGUGUUUCCCGGGGCGACAAUUCCGCAUGGAAUGGUGAAGGUCGGGAUGGACACCGACUCACCUGGGAAUCACGCGGGGUACGACGCGAAUCCCAUCUUCAACGCGACGGGCUUUUCACAACUGCACGAUGAUGGGACUGGAGGAGCUGUCCCUCUGUCCCUCUUCAAAAUCUGGCCGUUCGCGUCUUGCGGGAAGGGGAACACGUUCGAGGAAUGCCAGACGUCGCUUGCGGGAAGGAAGGCACUGCGGAAAGUUCUCGAGGACGGUACUCCGGACGACGCAGCCGAGCCGGGAUACUUCGCCUCGAACCUCUCGACUGGCAUCCGAGUGGAAUUGACCUCGACGCGCAGAGCGGCACUGCACAGGUACACGUUCCCCGAGGGCACCAAAGCGCCUCGGAUCGUCGUGGACAUCACCAACGACGGACAGAGGAGCAGCACUGACCCCGUCAUGGACCUGGAUCCAGACACCGCGCGUGUGACCGGUGGAGCGGCGUUCGCAGGCUCGUUCGGCCCUGGACGCUAUCGUGCUUUCACCUGCGUCGACUUCAAGGGCGAUGGGUACAACCUUGGAGCUCCUACCGAGUUUGGGGCAUGGCUGGCAAAUUUCCCUGUAAAGCAGACUGUGACGCUCACGCAGCUGUACACGAGCUUCAUCGACGAGCUUGGAGCGCUGUUCACGUUUGCGCGUGCCCCGCGAGGCCGCACUACCAUCCUUGUCAGAGUUGGCGUCUCGUUCAUCUCGUCGGACCAAGCUUGCGCAAACGCUGAGCAAGAGAUCCCGGACUUUGACUUCGAAGGAGUCCGCGCCUCUUCACGCGCUCAGUGGAGCGAACUGCUCGGUCGCUUCCAAGUCAACACCAAGGGCGUCGACCCUGAGAUCGUCGACCUGUUCUACAGCUCUGCCUACAGAACGCAUCUUUCGCCUGCCGACUACACUGAUGAGAACCCCUUGUGGAACUCAACGGAGCCGUAUUACGACUCGUUCUACUGCAACUGGGACACAUAUCGCACCCUUUUCCCCUUCAUGGGUAUGCACGACCCGGCUACGUUUGCUAGGAUCGUGCGUGGGAUGAUCAACAUUCAGCAGCACGAAGGAUGGCUCCCCGAAUGCCGUGGUGCUACUGUCAAGCAGUUCAUCCAAGGAGGCAGCAACGGGGAUCCGAUCUUAUCAGAGUUCUUAGUCAAGUUCCAGCAGCAGGCGGGCGCCCUGAGCGUUCCUUCAGAUGCGCUCUACAAUGCCCUUCUUGCCGACGCUGAGCAACAACCUCCCAACUGGGACUUGCAAGGACGGCAGGCAAACAUGUGGAAGUCUCAAGGGUACAUACCACAAGAUGUCUGGGAGCGGAGUGGGACCAACUCAAAGCAGGUCUCACGGACGCUCGAAUACGCCUUCGACGAUUUUACCAUCUCGCAAGUGGCGAAGGCUCUCGGUAAGACAGAUGACGGGAAGAAGUAUGCCACACGCGCUGCGAACUUCAACAACGUUUGGAACGAGAACACCACGUUCCCUGGGAGGGACGACAUCGUGGGCUUCAUGCAGCCUCGUUUCGCGAAUGGCAAGUUCAACUUUACAGACCCUCGGCACUGUAGCAUACACGACCCCCUCCACGCCACCUGCUUCCUGAAUGCCCAGAACCACGACGGCUAUUACGAAGGCUCCCCCAUCGUCUACACGCAAUACGUGCCCCACGACACCGCGAAGCUCAUCGAGCUCCAAGGCGGCGCCAAGGCCUUCACCGACCGUCUCGACUUCAUCUUCGAUGAGGGCUACUUCGACUCCACCGACGAGCCCUCGCAGCAGAUCCCGUUCAUGUACCACUACGCCAACCAACCCGGACUCAGCACCCAGCGCUCCCGCCAGGUCAUCGCCCAGUUCUACAAUACGUCCACGAACGGGCUCCCCGGCAACGACGACUCGGGCGCGAUGGGCAGCUACGUCGCGUUUUACCUCGCCGGGAUGUACCCGCUCCCGGGGACGCGCCAGGUCCUGCUCUCGUCUCCGUACUUCCCCGAGAUCUCGUUCCGAAACCCGGUGCUCAACACGACGACCACGAUCCGCGCGAACGGGUUCAAGGGGAACCCCAAGGACGGCACGGGCGGGCAGGUCUUUGUCAAGAACGUGACGAUCGACGGCAAGCCGUGGAAGUCGAACUGCUUCGUCGAGUGGGACGCGUUCGAGAAGGGCUCACUGAUCGAGCUUGAGCUGACGGACGACAUCACCGUGCCCUGCGGUGCCACGGCCGACGCUCUCCCGCCCUCCCUGUCCACUGGUGGGUACGACUGA